AUGUGUCAGCUUGAGUCCUCCUCCCUCCCUGCACUCCCACUCUGUGUUAGUGUAUGUUGCUGUGUUCCCCGCUCUGGAGCUGAGUUGGACAUCUAACCAUUCACCCCUAAGGCCAUAGUGCAGAGCCAGGAGAAUACCCAGGUAACCCCACAGCCAUGACGAACUCAGCGACUAACUUGCGGCUGAAGCUGCCCAUGGCCUGCAUCAUCCUGGAGGUGAUCAUCAUCAUCCUCUUCGGCACGCUGGUGAAGUACGACAAAGAGACAGACGCCAAGCAAUGGCACAUGGAAAUUGCCAAUGGCUCCUCCAACUACGAAAACGACUUUUACUACCGCUACCCCAGCUUUCAGGAUGUGCACGUGAUGAUCUUCAUUGGCUUUGGUUUCCUCAUGACGUUCCUGCAACGUUACGGCUUUAGCAGUGUGGGCUUCAACUUCCUCAUUGCGGCCUUCGCUCUGCAGUGGGCCACUCUCAUGCAGGGCUUUGUCCACGGCAUGCACGGGGGCAAGAUCCACAUUGGAAUAGAGAAUAUGAUCAACGCUGACUUCUGCACGGGCUCAGUGCUUAUCUCGUUCGGGGCGGUCCUGGGGAAGACCAGUCCAGUCCAGCUGCUGGUCAUGUCUGUGAUUGAAGUCACCCUGUUCGCAAUCAAUGAGUUCAUUGUGCUUUCUGUUCUGGGGGCCAAGGAUGCUGGUGGCUCCAUGACCAUCCACACCUUUGGAGCUUACUUUGGCCUGAUGGUGGCUCGUGUUCUCUACCGCCCCAACCUGGACAAGAGCAAACACAAGAACUGCUCUGUCUACCACUCUGACCUCUUUGCCAUGAUUGGCACCAUCUACCUGUGGAUGUUCUGGCCAAGCUUCAACUCUGCUGUGACGGCCCACGGAGACGACCAGCACCGCACGGCUAUGAACACCUACUAUUCCCUGGCUGCCUGCACCCUAGCCACGUAUGGCCUGUCUGCCGUUGUGGCCCAUGAUGGCAAGCUCGAUAUGGUGCACAUCCAGAACGCUGCACUUGCCGGCGGGGUUGCCGUGGGAACUGCUGGUGAAAUGAUGCUCACUCCUUUCGGCUCCAUGAUUGUGGGCUUCCUGGCUGGAACCGUCUCUGUGCUGGGCUUCAAGUUCCUCUCGCCUAUCCUGGAAAAAAAGCUGAAGAUACAGGACACGUGUGGCGUCCACAACCUGCAUGGCAUGCCUGGAGUCCUGGGAGCCAUCGUUGGAGCAGUUACUGCUGCUCUGGCAACCAAGGAUGUCUAUGGAGAUGGGAUGGCUGAUGUGUUCCCUGACAUCCACUCUGGGGAUGUGGAGGCCUCGUCCCAGGGCGGACGACAGGCCAUCUCCCUGGCUGUGACCCUGGGCAUCGCCCUCCUGGGCGGUCUUAUCACCGGUUUUAUUCUGAAGCUGCCUAUCUAUGGUGCUCCUCCUGACACCAUCUGCUUUGAGGAUGGCAUCUACUGGGAGCUGCCUGGUGAGGAGGGCUCACAUGAGGAGUUGACCACUGUUAGGACACUGGAUGAGGCAGAAAAGCUCAACGCAUAAACACACACACACAUACACACACAUGAGAUCCACACAUAGUAGAUUGUACAACCAGGAUGUGGCAGCACAUGGUGCUUGUGUAUGUCUGCCGUUUUUUUUAUGUGCCAAUGACCAUAUCUGGGUCACUAGUAUGGUUGUAGUGUGUGUUCAAACACUCCAGACCAUCAGUAGAAGUGCCUUUCACUCUCAGAAGAAAAAAAUCUCAAGGUAGCCCUUAAUGUGUUUACACCAGACAGAAGCAUGCUAUCCUCCGAGCAGCAUGGGCCAUGGACAGCCCAUUGCAAUAUACCUCCUACCAGCUGCCUUAUGUUAUGGUCCUAGAUGACGUUAUGAAGCUACAGUAUAUGACAGAGCUGUAGACUUGAAUCAUGGUCUGGGAAUUUGGAUUUGACUAGUGAAAUCUGUUUGAUGAUGCAAAAACAAUGGAUGAAGCUACUUUUUAAUUGAGUGUUUUUGAGAUUGUUUUGUCUUCUCCCCCCUUCUGCCCUCUUUUAAGAGAUGUUACAUGCACCAAUGUUAAGGUAAUUACACUUUUAAACAUUUUUAAUCAUUCGAUUGACUAAGGGAAAGACAAAUAUGCAGUAGGCCUAUGUGUUGUGAAUUCUAUAUUAAAACCAAAGAAAAUUGUACCUCGCAUGUAAUUAAGUACAUCCCUAAAAAUGAAAAGUAUUCCAGAAUAAAACUGCAUAGAUAGAGUUAAA